UUUAUAAACAAACUCUAUGGAUUAGUGAAUUUAUUAUAAUUGUUUUAAAAUAUCUAGUUCAGUUUCAAUUUUUUCAUCUGUGCUAUCUACAUAUAUUGUUUGAAAAUAAAUUGGUUUAUAUAAAUUUGAAAUUGGCAAGAUUUGCAGUGAUCCAAUUUGAAUAUGACUUCUAUAAGAGAAACAAUAACAAAUGUUUGUAGUGAUAAUGCGGAUGUAAAAAAAAAUUUAGCUAAAAUUUCUGCUGAAAUCAAACGAUAUCAAGAAAAAACAAAAAUUUAUAUAGAGCGAAAUUAUGAACAAUUUCUUCCAAAUCUUACAACCAAUGAAUUACUUUUGAAUGAGGGUGAGAAACUAGUGAGAGAAGUUGAUGAUUUACUCCAAAAAAUUGAAAAUGAAGAUAAACAGCAUUUGGCAUCAGCAAAUGAAGAAAUACAACAAUAUCAAGAUGAGUUAAAAGAAAUCUCAUUAGGUUUAAAAACAACUUAUAAAAUCUUAAAAAUAGAUGAAUUAUUUCAAUGCUUGGAAGAAGAAAAAUCUAGACAAGAAUUCCUCAUUGUAAAAGAUAUUGUAGGAAAAUUAAAAAAUUUAAUUAUGGAUCCUAAAGAUAAGAUUUUCCCUCGUCUUUUAUGUUACAAGAACAUCAAAAUAAAAUAUCACUUCGAAUAUGAAAUGCUUUUACAUAAUCUUAAAGAAUAUUUUGAACAGUUAGUAGAACUUAAAGAAAAAUCGUUUGAAAAUACUAAAUCCAUCACUUUAAAAAUAUCAAAAGAUGAAAACAAAUUAAAUGAUGUUGCAGUAGCAUUAUUUAGUGCUAAAUAUAACGCAAGUAAAAUGUGUGAAUUCCUAUUUAAAAAUGUUUUUCAUCCAAUUAUUACAAAAACAGUAUCUCUAGAUUUUAACGACGAUUGUAGUGAAGAAUAUGUUGAAUUACUUUUGUCUUAUAAUAUAACAGAGCCAAAUACUGAUUUACCUUUACGAGUUAAUUAUAAGACCGUAUUUGAAAAUAUUACAGCAGUUUUAACAUGCUUAAGUUACAUUAAUGUUCAAAUUUCCGAUACAGUUUCUGUAAUGAAUGUUUUCGCUGAGCAUUUAAAAGUAAAAGUUCUUGAUAUUUUAAUAAACGAUUGUUUAAUGUAUGCGAUCCCGAAAUCUGUAGAUGAAAUGAGGGAAUCUACUUUACAAGAAGAUGUGAUAAAAUUUAGCAAAGUUCUUUCCGACAUGUAUUUGAUAAAUGAAACUAAUGAUAAAGAGUUAAUAAAAUUUACAGAGAGUGUUGGAACGUUAUUUAGAAAACGUUUUACAACGAAAAUAUUACAUGAUACAGUUGAUAUUUUACGAAAAGAUUUACAUGAUAUGAUAUUAGUUGCUGAGAAAAAUACACCUUCCGAACUCGAAAGGGAUCCCUUUUUAUUUCCCAAAUGUAUGGUGUCAAAAAGUUCUCUUGAACUAAUAUCUGUAAUGAAAAAUGUUAUUGAGGAAGCUUUUGCCUCAAAAGAAGAAAAAUCAGAGAGGUUAUCUGUAAUAUCGUCCAUUAUUGAACAAUAUAUGAUCGAAGUUCCAAGAUAUCAUGAAAAAAUGUUAAAUAUGAUACCACAACAAACAGCUCUUUUUUACAAUAAUUGUAUGUAUUUAGCUCACUGGUUAACUAAAACGUGCGAGAAAGAUAUUCAAGGUUUCCAAAUAUUGGCGCAGUCAUUACAAAGUCUAGGAAACGAAUAUUUUUCAAAUCAAGUAAAAUCUCAACACUCCCAAUUGCAUGAUAUUUUGAAAGAUUUUGAUUUAACUGACGCUGUAUCAGAUAUUGGAAUUGGGCCACAGAAAAUUACAAGACAAUGCCUUCGUCAAUUAGAAUUAUUAAAAAAUGUGUGGCAGAAAAUUUUACCCGAAACGUUUUAUAAUAAACAAGUUUCCGGUUUACUAAAUGAUUUCUUUAAUGAAAUUAUACGUAAUAUUAUGAAAAUUGAAGAUAUUUCAACAUCACUUUCACAUGAACUUGUUGAAAUAAUAGGCAUUAUUGAAGAUAGAGCACCACGAGUUUUUGAAGAUAAGAAAGAAGUUUUUCAAGUAAAAUCAUGGAUGAAAUUAAUGCAGUUGAAAAUGAUAUUAGGUGCCUCAUUAUUGGAUAUUACUGAGCAAUGGUCUGAAGGAAAAGGUCCUUUAACAUUGAAUUUUAAAGCCGAGGAAAUUAAACAUUUAAUAAGAGCGCUUUUCCAAAAUACAACAAGAAGAGCAAAUGCAUUAGCAUUGAUUAUUUGAAAUGUAUAUAACUUCAUUGCUUUUCAUUGAAAUAUGAAAUUAAAGUAAUUUUCAUUCACACAAAAAUUGUUAACAUUAAUAAUCGAUAAUUGUUAUAGUUAGACUAAUAAAGUAAUUUUUUCA